ACAGUCCGCUGUGAGUGGUGUGCAGGAGUUACGUUUGUGUGUGUGUUAUUAAAACGUCAUGAGAAAUAAACACAGGAAUAGACGAAGUGUAUUACCUACGAGCUGAUAAUUAUACAGUUUGCUACUGUAAGCUAUAUUUAUGUUACUAAAUAUUGUGAAGCAAUAAGUUUUUGUGCUGGCUUCGAAUCAGGUAUUUCUCAUCAGCUGAUUCUCUGGCACUUGCCUGUCAGACCUUGACUCAGGACAAUAGUUCAGACCAGCCAAGUCAUCAUGGACUGGUUUAGGAAGAGGAAGCGGAAAAGGCGGUGUAUACCUGAAGAAACUGAAGGUUUGGAGACACCACAAGAAAAGAGAGAAAGAGUGGUCUGUAUACGUAUAAUAUACUUCACCAUGUUUCUCAUGUCUCUAGGCUUCAGCAUUAUUUUGACUGGAGUCUGGCCGUACUUAGACAAGCUAGAUCCAACUGCUGGGAAAGAGUUCAUGGGUUAUAUUGUUGGAGCAAACCCUUUGGGACAGAUGAUUUUCUCCCCAUUGGUUGGCUGGUGGGGAAAUCGUCUGGGUUCCAUCCGACUGCCCCUAUUGUUCUCUUUGACUGUCUUCACUCUGUCCAGUGCCUGUUAUUCAAUGCUAGAGAUAUUUCCCAUCUAUCGAAAAUAUUGGAUGCUUGGAUCUCGAUUCUUUGUUGGAGUAAGCUCAGCCAGCAUUGCAGUUUGCCGUUCCUAUUUGUCUGCAGCCACAACACUCAAGGAGAGAACUGGUGCAGUGUCUAUGGUAUCUCUGGCACAGGUACUGGGGUUUGUUGUUGGUCCAGGACUUCAAGCAGCAGUAACUCCAUUAGGUGACAAAGGUGUACCACUUAUUCCUGGAAUACUCACAUUCAAUAUGUACACUGCAACUGGAUGGAUUAAUGUGUUAUUAGGUGUCUUUAAUUGUAUUCUGUUCUUGCCUUCUAUCUUCCAUGAAAGACGAAUUGCAGCUAGGGAAGCAAUGAUGCUCCAUGGAAUGGAAUCAGAAGAAGAAACCUGGAAGCAGGUCCAUCCUGAUUACAUCUCCACCUGGACCCUAAUAUGUGCUUUUUUUGUGCUGGUGUUCAAUUUUGUUCUCCUUGAAACUUUGGGUACAUCUCUCACUAUGGAUCAGUUUGCAUGGACAAAGGCUGACGCACUGUAUUACAUGGGUAUUUUGAUGUCAGUUGGAGCUGUGGUUGCUUGUGUAGCAUUUGUAGUGAUUGGUCCUUUGUGCAAGAGGUUUCAAGAAAGAAAAGUUCUUAUGUGGGGUGGAUUCUUGUUUAUGGUAAUUGGGGGAGCAUUAUAUUUCCCAUGGGGAAGUGAGCCACCCAUCAUUGCAGAAGAAAUCAUGGUUACUCAGGUGAAUGAAACAUAUGGCAACAGAAACAAUGCUGUUAACGAAACUGAAAUUGUAGGCUGUCCUUCAGUUCAGAAGUGGUGUUACUACAUUCCAGCAAUGACUGUAACUCAGUUUCUCCUAGGUUAUGCCUUUAUAGCUAUUGGUUAUCCAAUUGGGGUAACACUUAUCCAGACAAUCUUCUCCAAGGUACUUGGACCCCGGCCACAGGGUGUGUGGAUGGGGCUAAUGACAGGAGCAGGAUGUCUGUCACGUUUUAUGGGGCCAGUAUUUGUCAGUUUCAUUUAUACUCGUUAUGGUACCAUAUGGACUUUCAGCAUUACCACAGUAAUGAUGAUUAUAACCAUGGUGUGGCUUCAACUAGUAGAAAAGCGACUGGUGCCACCUGAUCUGCCACCUGCUCCACUGCCUCCUAUUGAACUUCAAGUCUGUUCUUCUGAAGCAAUUAAUGGAAAAUCCAGCAUGGAGGAAUAUACACAUCUGCAGGAAAAACCUGACACAAAUUACAGUUAACAACUACAUAAAUCUUAACUUCAUCUUCAAGCAAAUAACUAUGGGACAGAUGAAAAGAAAUAUAUGAUGCUAUGCAAGAUGUCUGUCAUAUCUGACAUGCCAAAAAACUUGUGAUUCUUUUUAAAUAUACAAUAGUAUUAUUAUUGUUGUUUCUAUCAUAAUUUUUAUACAGCAAGAAAUAAAUACUAAAUUAAGAUGAUAAAGGAGAUUGUAUAGAAGUACAAGUUAGUUUAAGUUUUCUUUUAAUGAACAGAUCUCAUAGCAGGGCUACAGUAGCUUACAGCACAUUACUAAGCCCUACAAAUUCUGCUAUGCGCAAGUCACACAUGGAACAAUAUGACAAUCAAGCACUUCUGCUGAAUGACUGAUAUCAAGAUUUACAUACAAUAAUAUUAACACUUUGAUACUUUUGAGAAAAAGUUUCAAUUAUAUGUUAUUAUAGCCAUGAAUUGAUAGACUUACAGAAGACAUGGUAAAGAACAGCAACUUCACAGGAAUUCUAACUGGAGUAUUUCCAAACAAAAGUGUGGAGUUCACUGUAAAUGUAUUACAAUGGCUAAGAUUACCUCUGUCCUGCUCUACAUCUCAAUUAUAAGUGUUGGUUGUGCUGACAGUGAAGGCUGUGUUGAAUCACUGUUUGUGAUUUCCUUCAUUUGUACUCUCUGUACCUUGUUUUAAAUGUAGAAAUAUAUAGCAUUCUACAAAGUAAACUUUGUUAAUUUGAAAAGAAAUCUGAUAAAUUUUCUUUAGAAAUAUAAUUUAUUUUAAUAACGUGGAGAAAUUUUGGUACUACAAUUUACAUUAAUUUUUUAUAAGUUCAUCAUUUUCAUGUGUACUGAUUACAGUAUUAGAAGUCUAUACAAGGUCUUUUAAUAUUCUGUAUGAAGCAAAUGAAGAAAAUUUUGUUUAUAUGAUUUUGUCUUCAUAACUCUAUUGACAACGAUAAUAAAAUACCACAUUUAAACCUCUGUAUCUUCUGAAUUUUAUAAAGUAAACAUUUUGUGAUUGCCAUAAAUUUACAUUUUAUAUGGAGAAAUGAACAUGAAUCUGGAUCAGUCAGAUUAUUGAUGCUUGUUAUUAUACUUGCCAAAUUAUUUUCAAAUGUAACACAUAUAUACCAGCAUCAUUUGCAGUGCUAGCCUUUGAGGCAUAGAUGGAGACACAUUCACACUAUGCAAAAGGAAAAUAUACAAAAUGAUUAAUGAACAACACCAGUUAUGGUAUGGUCAAAAACAAUAUCAUUGUAGACUAACAUCUUUGUGGAGCACUCUUCAAGAAAUUCCUCUUUCUAUGGAACUCUGCAUGCUUGGCAUUACUGUGUUACAAAGAACCCAACACUGGUCCUUAUCCUGAGCCAGAUAAGUCCAGUCCACACCCUCAGUCUUGUUUAACAUUUAUUUUAAAUAAUAUACUUUCAUUGGCACACUUAAGUCUCAAGUCGGAUCUUUCCCUUCAGGAUUCUGAUUAAAUUUUUUUUAUAUAUUUCUCAUUUCCUCCAUGCAUGAUGCAUACCCUUCCAUCUCAUAUUCCUUGAUUUUAUCACCUUACCAAAUUUUGUUGGCUUUUAUAAUAGAACAGGAACCGCCACUAGAUACAUUUUAUUCACAGAACUCAAGGAUCCUAGGGAACACAGUUUGGUAAUCACUGGUCUAUACUAAAAUGAAAAAGUUCCAUUUCCAACACACAAACUUCAUAUCUUCUACAACAGACAGAGAAAACUGACCACAUUUCCAUACUUUGUUGCCAUAUUUUAUUCACUUCACUUAUACAGCACAGUUUAAAACUAUUUCUUAAAAUGUUAUCAAGUAUACAUUGGUUGUAAAUACAAUAGCACCAAAAUCACCUUGCACUACUUCAAUAAAAGGACCCAGUUCACCCAAAUAUUACAGACAGCAAAAACACUACCUGUAAAUAUAUAUUCCAUUUGUGAUUGAGGAGAAAUUACUCGAAACUUUUCUUCAAAAUAGAUUUCACCCAAUACAGCAUAUUUGCAUCUGAUUCUACAAAAGUAUUUAUGGUGGUAGAUCAUUUAAAAACUGUACAAAAUUUAAUAAGGAGUCUUGCAUAAUAAAAGGAAGUUAUCUAAAAUUGAUAAAAAAAUAGGGCCCACAUAUAUAUAGGCAUUAAUACACAUCCUGCUUGCAGUGUCAUAAACAAGACAUAUGUAACCAGUGCAUAAAUUAAAUACAUCAGAUUUAUAUAUGUUUAUGAAGACUGUAUUGAAAAUAAAACAUACAAUUUAUUAAGUCUUAACUUCAACGUUUCAGUUUAUCAGCCAACCAAACUUUAAAGUAUCUCUACCACAACUUUUACAGUUUCCAUGUUAAAUUCACUUAGGUGACUGUCGUAUAUUGCAAAUCAAGAAGGAUUUUAUAAAAAUCCAAUACAAUUAAAAUUAAUUAAUAUGGGACAUGGAACACUAAAAUCCAUACAAAUUAUGCCAAAAGCAGUUAUAUGACUUUUGUGGUCUGUAUGAGCUCUUGAUAACUUAAAUAUAUUUUGGAAUAUCAUAGGAAUGUCAUCUACAAGUCAACCAUUAGAAAAUAGUGUUUUAAAUGAAAAACAAAAUUUUGGCAUUAUCAGUUACAAGUGACAGAAAUCUGCCUAAAUAUAUAGUUAAAGACAUAAUAUGUGAAGAACUGAGAAAGUUGUGUAAUGAAAACUUUAUAUAUGUAUUGUUUGUAGGUAACACCACUACCAUUUCCAUUGUUAGCAGUAUUUUCUAUGGCUGAGGGCAAUACACAACAUAGUUCACUGUGCUUGUGUUUGCACUGGCCACAAAAUGACCAUGUUACAACACUGCCAGAUAGAGAUUACAAAUCCUCCCUCAUUCUCCUGAUUGCCAAUGUUAUGAGCAAAUACUCGUUAUGAAUUUAAGUUUAAACUUAGACAUAAGAAGUCUAAAGCUUACAGAUCAAUUGAAAUGAGAUAACUUAGAUCACCUUAAGAAUUCAGAUCACAUAACAUGUUUCUGUUUACCAAAUAAUGUAUUUGGAAUAAAAUGUAAUGAAAAUCAACUUAACAGAAACCUGCAAUGAUGUAUGAAAAUAGUUAAAAUAAUUUUACUACUUAAAAUUAUGAUAUACUUCCCUAACCAACCAUGCUAUAGGCACAAUGAAUAUUACAUAUAUUUAAGAAUAAUGUAUAAAUGAAAUUAAUUUAACACACACAUAAACAGAUGGCCAAAAACUAGGUAUGCCGCUUAUGACUGACUUAACAUCUCUUUAUAUACGACACAGAAUUAUGGUACAGUUAAUCCCCAGAAAGUUUGCCAAAAGUAGUGAUGAGUUUGAACACCCAUAGGACUAGCUUUCCUGUAAUUCCAUGCCAUGUUUAAAGUACUAUUAAAUAAUCAAAAGAUCCUACUUUUGGGCCAGUCUAUGUUUUCACAAGAUAUUAUAAUACAGAAAGAGGAGAAAAAUGGAAACAAAUGGAAUGAGGAAAAUCAAAUGCAUAAACUACAAUUUACAUUAAUUAAAGCC